AUGGCCGCUGGCGAUGACGGCUCGACUGGGGGAAUUCGCAGACGGUCCACGUCCCAUCACGAAGACGACGAGAGCUUGGGUGUGUCAGCCGCUGACACGCCGGCCCAGUACGAUGCGCCGCAACCCUCAGCGCCCAAUGCCGAUGUGCCUGCCUCUCAGUCUUCGGCCUUAGAAGACUUUUCGAGGCCUUCCGUUUCGCGACUCUCGACUGAUAACGCUCCACGAGUCCGGUUCUCGACCGACAUCGAACGCCAUGGUCCGGCGCAUCCGAGGCCAACGACGGCCACAUCCGCAAUUGACGAAGAUGCACGUGUGGGAAAAACGGCGGAUUUGAAGAAUCGCCCUGGGACACCGGAACUUACAAUCGAUACGCGCGAGGUAGCCGUGGAGGGUUCAUCUGCUGCCGGACAGAGCGCUACCCGUUCAUCGUCCGGUAUAUCACCGCUCUCCCCGCACAGUAAUCGAUCGCCAUUGUCACCCACAAGCCGUCACCGCGGGUACUCGCUACGCAGCGCCCUUUUCAGGAGAAACGUUCAUGAACAGGCUCAGUCUCCCGGACUAUCGAUCGAGCUAGAGGAGUCUCCAGGAUCGUCAACAGGAGGAGUUGGCACUGGUCAAGUGGAUGGAUUGGACAGCACAAACUCUACCGACAAAACUGGAGACGCAUCUAUCACAAUUUCUCCCGCUCAUGUCGACUUUGCAGAGGCACCAUAUCAUCCAUCCAAGACGAAGCUUGGAAAAGGGCCUGUCGCACUUCCGAACUAUGAUACAUGGCUGCAAAACAAAGAGAAGGGGUCACGGUACAUACAGCAAGCUAAAGCCUUUGGAAUACAGGCGAAGAAGUUUAUUCUUCGGAUCAAAGAUAUACCACCCAGCAAAGAUGGCCGCCACAUUGACCUGAAUCCCUCUCGGAAGGAUCCUCUUACUGAUGAGCGAACGAAUCAGCCAUACAUCACCAAUUGGAUCCGCUCCACUCGCUACUCUGCCUGGAAUUUUGUGCCGAGACAGUUAAUCGCCCAGUUCUCAAAGCUUGCGAAUUUCUAUUUCCUCUGUAUUAGUAUUCUUCAAAUGAUACCCGGCCUCAGUACCACAGGAACGUAUACGACUAUUGCUCCACUUCUAGUCUUUGUUACCAUUGCCAUUGCCAAGGAGGGUUAUGAUGACUUGAGACGGUACCGGCUUGAUAAAGCAGAGAACAACCGGGAGGCUCAGGUCUUCCGUGCGAGCAGGGCAACGGGCGUUUACGUAGAAGAUGGGGAUCGGAGCUCUACAAGUACUGAACAGUUAAACUGGGAGACUAUCAAGUGGCAGGAUCUCAACGUGGGAGACAUCGUCAAAUUGGACCGCAACGAUGCUGCACCAGCUGAUUUGGCUCUUCUGCAUACGAGCGGAGAGAACAAUGUCGCCUUCGUGGAGACCAUGGCCUUGGACGGAGAGACGAACCUGAAGAGCAAGCAAACGACAGCCUCAAUGACAAAGACCAUUCACAGCCAGGCGGAUAUUCUUAACUGUGACGCUCACUUUGUCGUGGAAGAUCCGAACCAAGAUCUAUACAGCUUCGAGGGCAAGGUCACGGUGGAUGGCAAAACAGCACCCCUAACGCUGAACGAGAUCAUCUUCCGAGGCAGUAUACUGCGCAAUACUCCAGACGCUGUGGGCAUGGUAAUCUACUCGGGCGAAGAAUGCCGCAUUCGAAUGAACGCGAUCAAAAAUCCUCGCAUCAAGGCCCCGGCACUACAGACCCUGGUCAAUCGUAUCGUCAUACUCAUCGUCGUCUUCGUCAUCCUCCUUUCUAUCUUCAAUACCGUUGCUUACAGGAUAUGGCGGAGCAACGAAAGCGAUGCUUUCUACCUGGCCGGCCAGUCCGUGUCGUUCUUCCCAAGUUUUACGGCGUUCGUAAUCAUGUUCAAUACCAUGAUUCCGCUAUCGUUGUACGUCAGUCUGGAGAUCGUCAAAGUGUUCCAGAUGUACUUUCUUCACAUCGAUAUCGACAUGUAUGACCCGGUAUCAGACACACCCUGCGAGCCACGUACAUCUACCAUCAACGAAGAGCUUGGACAGAUCAGCUACAUCUUUUCUGACAAGACUGGAACACUCACGGACAACUCCAUGAAAUUCCGCAAGCUGAGCGUAGCUGGAGCCGCGUGGUUGCACGAUGCAGACUUGCAGGAGACACAGAAGACGAAGCUCAAACACAAGAAAAGGAAGAAGGGGAAGCAGCCGAUCAGAAAGAGCAUGCGGUCAGCGAAGGAUGUACAGUCGCCUCUUGAACCUCCCACACCUGUCGCAGAAGAAACAAAUCCAAUGGAAGGUACGAACGAUGAGGCCCAAGAGACGCAGUGGAAGUCGUCAGCAAGACCCGCCAAGUCGCAGCGUGAGCUACGUACUCGAGACAUGCUACGCUACAUCCAGCGCCGACCGCAUACCCCAUUCUCGAAGAAGGCUCGUAUGUUCCUUUUAUCGCUGGCCCUUUGCCACACUUGUCUUCCGGAAGCGCAAGAAGACGGGAAGACCCAGUUCAUGGCUUCUUCUCCUGAUGAGCUCGCGCUUGUGCAGGCUGCGCAGGAUAUGGGGUUCCUUCUCAUUAACCGCGACGUACACACCAUUACUCUCAAAAUCAUGCCUGAGGAGACAGAUGCCGAACCGGUCCUGGAAAUGUACGAGAUCCUUGACGUGAUCGAAUUCUCUAGCAAGCGGAAACGUAUGUCGAUCAUUGUCCGCUUCCCCGAUCGCAGGGUAUGCAUCUUGUGCAAGGGUGCAGACUCUAUAGUGAUGCAGCGGCUGAAGAUGGCCACCCUAGCUAACAAGAAGAUGGUCGAUAUUGAGAGGCGGGCGAACAAAAGGAAGAGCAUGGAAGCACAGCACGUGAUUGCACGUAUGAGCGAACACCUCGAACGUAACAGUAGCGUGGGCGGCCGUAAGAGCUUCGCGCAAAACGCCCGUGCUAGUAUCGCGGGGAGAUCUUCGCUUGGACGCCCUAGCCUGGGUGGUAUAGGUCGGUCGAACAAUGGCAGGGAUUCUCUCCAGAAGGUGCGCGAUGUGGACCAGUGGCUGCGCCAGCGCGAGAGCGAUCACUACGAGAUAGAAUCCAUCGACGAGGACUCGCCUAUGCAAACGCCGCGGCAGUCUUCACUCGCUCUCGGUAGGAUGUCUCUUGCUUUCUCCGAAGCUAGGAGUUCGCUACAGUUGGAGGAGAUGGAUGAGAUGGUGGACGAGCAGGUUGCCGCCGAUGAAUCAGCUGUCAUCGAACGGUGUCUACAGCACAUAAACGACUUUGCUACCGAGGGUUUGCGCACUUUGCUUUAUGGCUACCGCUUCCUUGACGAAGACGAAUACGCGACCUGGAAAAAGGCACAUCUAGACGCAACAACGAGCCUGGUCGACCGCGCACAAAAGAUCGAAGAAUCCGGGGAUAUGAUCGAACAGGAUCUCGAGCUGUGCGCCGCGACUGCCAUUGAAGACAAGCUGCAGAAGGGUGUCCCAGAAGCUAUCGACAAACUGCGUAGAGCGAACAUCAAGAUGUGGAUGCUGACAGGUGACAAGCGAGAAACCGCCAUCAAUAUCGGUUACUCCUGCCGCUUGAUCAAGGAGUACUCUACCGUUACCGUUCUGGACCACGAGACUGGGCAGGUUGAGCAGAGUAUGGGUGCCGCAGUGCUAGCCAUCAACGGCGGAACAGUACCCCAUUCCGUCGUUGUCAUCGAUGGACAGACGCUCGCCCAGAUCAGCGAGGUGGAGCCAUUGAAGCUUCUCUUUUACGACUUAGCUAUCCUAGCAAACUCGGUGAUCUGUUGUCGUGCGUCACCCUCCCAGAAGGCUAGUCUUGUGAAAAAUAUCCGCAAGCGCGUCAAGAAGAGCAUAACACUUGCCAUUGGCGACGGGGCAAACGACAUUGCUAUGAUCCAGGAGGCACAUGUGGGCAUUGGAAUUACUGGAAAGGAAGGCCUCCAAGCCGCUCGAACCAGCGAUUACUCAAUCGCGCAGUUCAGGUUUCUGACUAAGUUGCUGCUUGUGCAUGGCAGGUGGAAUUAUCUCCGCACGUGCAAGUACACUGUCGGCACAUUUUGGAAAGAAAUGUUGUUCUACCUCACGCAAGCUCUCUACCAACGCUCCGUAGGCUACACCGGCACCUCCCUCUACGAAUCCUGGUCUCUCACCACCUUCAACACGCUCUUCACCUCGCUCGCAGUCAUCUUCAUGGGCAUCUUCGAAAAAGACCUUUCCGCUUCUACGCUCCUCGCCGUACCCGAGCUCUACACAAAGGGCCAGCGCAACGGCGGCUUCAACUUCAAAGUCUACCUCGGGUGGAUGUUCAUGGCCAGCGCCGAAGCAAUGGUCGUCUACUUCUGCAUGCUAGGUCUCUACGGGCAAGCGCUCUUCACAGAAGAUAACUCCAUCUUUGCGCUCGGCAGCAUUACCUUCACGGCUUGCAUCAUCCUGAUCAACAUGAAGAUGCAAUUCAUCGAAACGCACUCCAAAACCACGACCAACCUCGCCGCACUGGUCAUAUCCAUCGGCGGCUGGUUCCUCUGGAACAUCAUCCUCGCGGCGGCCUACCCCAUCGGCACACCCAUCUACUUCGUCCGCGACUCCUUCUUCUCCUCCUUCGGCCGCAGCUUCACGUGGUGGCUCACGCUCAUCCUGAUCGUCGCCUCGGUGCACGUCUUCGAGUUCGCGGUGUCGUCCCUCCGCGCGGCGUUCUUCACCACGGACGAAGACUUGUUUCAAGCCCUCGAGAAGGAUCCUGAGGUUAAGAGGCGGUUUGAAGAGGCGAGCGCGGAGGAGCUGCAGAUGGGGUGGGAUAGGGCGACGAAUGAGGAGAGGAGGAAGGAGGAUGCUGUCAAGCAGGUUGUAGAAACUAUAAAGCUGAAGGAGGAGGAGCGGAGGGAGGAGCAGGUUAGAGAGAUGUUGCGCAACCGCGAUAGAAGCAUUGGUGAGCAGGGCGUGGAAGGCAGGCCGACGAUCGGCGCGGAGAUGGAGGGCGAGGAGGUUAAUCGCAUACUGAGUCGUGGGUAUGGGCAUGUGAGGGAAUAG